AUGAGUAACAGAAAGUCAAAGAAAACAAGUAAUUCUCAGGAUUUAAAUGACAUUGAGAUUUCCUAACGAGUUUAGAAAAAAAGAAUGAAAAAAGAAGAAAAAGAAGAAAAAGAAUAGUAAGUAGAAGAAAAAAUACAAUAAGUUUCUAAUUAAGAACUUAUUUUUAAAAAACCAUAAGGUAGGCCUUAAUAUUCUAACAACGCAGCAAUGAAAUAAUAAAAUGAAAAAAUACUUUAAAGUGAAACUUCACCCUAAUGUACAGAUUAACGUAUUCUUGAACUUGGAAUGAAAGUGUAUAGUACGAAUACACCUAUAAUAAAAUCAAGAAUAAACGCACUUAAUAUGGAUACAUACACUAUUAAUCCUGAAUCAUAAUUUAUGUUUAGUAUGUUUAGAAAUAAACAAUAUCCUGUAAUUGAAAGCAAAGAUUUUUCAGAGGUAACUAUAAAGCCUAGAUUACCUAUAUCAAGUUAAGGUCAAAUUCCAGAAUUUAAAUUCUAAGAAAUAAAUAUGGAAGAAAUAAUAGAUAAUCUUAAUGAAUGCUUUUUAAUCAAAUAACAGUUAUCUUAAGGAAGUAAUAAGUAAACAUUGUAUGAAUAUCUCUAUUAAAAAAAAUAAGUUGUGUAUAAUAGAUUAGACAUAUUCUAAAAAUUAAGUGAAAAGAAAUAUUACUUCACUGUUGUUCAUAAUCCUAACACCAAAAACGAUUAUGAUACUCUCUAUCAAUUCUUUAACCAGAUUUUCAUGGAAGUUUUUUAAAUCCAUUUUAAAAACAAACUUGGAAAUCAAACUCCAUUUAGCGAAGUCUUAUUCAAUAAUUUGGUAGAUAAAUUAGUUGUUUAACAACCAUAUGGGUGCCUUGAUUUAACAAGAGAAUAAUUAUAAAAUCAUAUGUUAAAUCCAACAAAUGUUUAAAAUUCAAAAAGAUUUAUAGAUACUGUGGAUAAAAAUUUAAAACAUUUUGCAACUUUUAUUGCCGGUUGCAGUAAAAAUUAAUCAGAUUUCGUUGAUUAUGUCGUUUUUAAUUACGAAACAGUAUCGUAUUUUAUUAAAAAAUCUAUUCCUAAUUUGAAAACAUUUGAUAAUGAAAUGAACUCGAAGGAUAAAUAAAUUAUUUCUACAAAAAUGAUUUAUUUCCAUUAAAAGGAAAUUGAAAAUUUAAUGGAUAAAAUGUAAAAAAUGUUUAAUUAGGAUUUGAGCAUAUAAUUUAACUUAUAUUUUGCUUUUGCUGUAAUGAAAAAAUUGCUAUUCUCAUGUGAUUUCUAUGGAGAGCCUUUAGUAUUAUUUGAAUCGGAUAAUUUUAUUUUAGCUAAUGAAGAACUUCAAAAAAGCUACACUGGAAAGGAAUUUGAUAAGAAAAAUGAUAUAAAUAAACUUCCAUAUUUCUUCAAUGUUCAAUCUAAUCCAUGCAUUUACAAAAUAGAAUAAAAUAAAUAAUUAAAAAUAGUAUAUGAAAAACUAAACAAGAGAUUAUUUUGA